AUGGAAAUCAUCGGAGCCCGCGAUGAUCGAAAUACAGUUUCAAAUUACUGUAGCUCAGAUAGCUCAGACAUGCUGACAAUCUUAUAUGGUUCCCAGACAGGUUCGGCCAAAAAAUUGGCUUUCCAAUUUGCCAACGAGCUGCUAGAGAAGUACAAUAAGAAGAUUCUUGUUGAUGCUAUAGACAGUUAUGAUUUCAGUUUACUCAUUGACAGCGCACAAAAGACAACCAUAAUAUUCUUUGUUUCUUCUUAUGGUGAGGGAGAGCAGUGUGAUAAUGCAUCCAAAACAUUCAAGUAUCUUUCAGAACUAUGCUCCGAGAAUAGACAACAUUUGAAGAGCCUCCGUUAUGGUCUAUUUGGCUUAGGAAAUGCUGCUUUCGAUAUUUAUCAGGGAGCUUCCAGAGACUUUAAGAAUUGUCUCAGUCAGCUGGGCUCCACUUUACUUGACUAUGGUGAAGGAAAUGAUGAAAAAGGAGAAUUAUUGGAAGACUACAUACGAUGGAAAAACCAGUUCAUGCCGACCUUAGCUGAAUACUUCAGAUGGGAGCCUUCAAAAGCGCGAAUUUAUAGGCCAACAAUCCUUGUAUCUGAGGUUUCACCAAGAAGGCAUGCUAAUGGAGAAAUAGUAUCUUCUUUGCGAGAUUUGAAUGCACUCGAUAAACCUCCAUACCAUAUUGCGAAACCGUUCAGAGCACGGUUUGUCAACUCGCAAAAGUUCACUAAUGGACAGAGAUGCCAGUUUCAUUGUGAAGUCAGCUUAGAAGGAUGUAGAAUGAAGUAUAAAGCAGGAGAUCACCUUGGGGUCUAUCCUACAAAUCGGCCAGAAGACGUGUCAAGAUUCAUGUUCGUAUUCUGUCUAGGACAAAAAGCAGAACAAGUUAUUCAAUUGAGAUCGGAAUUUCCACUCUGGAUCCCAUCUCCGACGACUUACAAAGCCAUAGUUGAACACUAUUUGAACAUCAACUCGGCUAUAUCCUCUCAAAUGCUGCAGACAUUGGCAAACUUCGCACCCUCCGACAUAUCUAAGGAUCGCCUUCUGAUACUCUCCUCUAGAGAAUCAUUUACAAAAGAAGUCGUCGACAAACGAUUAACCUUGUGGGAAGCAGCGCUAGAGGCUUCCGACGGUCAUCCUUGGCCCGAUGUCCCAUUUUGUUUUCUUCUUGAAUCAUUGGGUAAGCUAGAACCAAGAUAUUACUCAAUAGCAUCGUCAGAACUACUUUAUCCGGACGAAGCUCAUCUCACCGUGAAAUGCCAGAGGGAGCAACUCAAAGAUAAAAUAUUCUAUGGUGUUUGUUCAAACUACAUCGAAAGCAUUUGUUUCCCGGAGUCGGAGCAAGGGCAGACAGCUCCAGUUUUUGUUAGGAAAUCUGGUUUCAAGCCGCCUCUUAAUGGAGAUAGACCAAUGAUAAUGGUAUGCGUGGGAACUGGUAUUGCGCCGUUUAGAGGAUUUGUCCAACACCGCAUAGCCUUGUCUGCUACACAUAAUAUUGGAAAGAUGCUUCUUUUUUAUGGAUGCAGAGAUGAGUCUGAUAUUCUCUACCCCAAUGAAUGGCCAGAAUAUAGCAAAGCUUUAGGAUCGAAAUUGUCUGUUCAUUUUGCUUUAUCUAGAGAGGAUCCUAUUCGCAAGACAUACGUUCAAGAUAUCAUCCUACAACGCUCAAAAGAGAUUCAUGAGUUGCUUGAGCAAGGAGCGUACUUCUAUGUUUGUGGAGAUGCCAUCAAAUUAUCAAAGAUGAGCAAACUGAUCAGACAGAUAAUAAUGCAACGAAAGGGCAUUAGUGAGGAAGAGGCGUCAAAGACGCUCAAACAACUCAAACUGAAUGGGCGUUAUCAAGAGGACCUGUGGUGA